UAAUGCACCAUUCAUUUCAUUGUAAAUUUUUAAUUUUGUUCUGUAUUUACUUGUCGCCUGGGACUGAAGUUAAAUAUUGUAUUUAUUGCGUGUAAUUUAAUUUUAUUAUAAUCAGUAAUUAUUGAAUAAUGAGUAACGCAGAAGCGUCCUCCUCUAAAACAAUGUCAUUCGCAGAAAAACAAGCUGAACGCAUGAAACGACUGCGUUCGCUGAACACGGCUCGUAAUGAAGCGAGGACUCACAAUCAUCAGGAAGUAGUAGCUGAGGAGGCGAGGAACAAACUCCCAACUAACUAUGAGGCGAAAAAACGCCAAGCAGAAUGGCUUGUGGAGGACCAGAAUAAGCGAGAAGAGGCGAGCAAACAAGGUAAAGACUACGAUCGUGUGAAACUAUUAAACAUAUCUGCCAUUGAAGCAGAAAGAUUGGAACGUAAGAAAAAGAAGAAAAACCCUGACCAGGGCUUCUCAACAUACGAACAGGCAACAGUAAGACAGUAUAACAGACUGGUUAAGAACAUGCCCAGCAUGGAUAAAGAGAGAUAUGAGAAACAGAAGCAGAAAUACGGUGACGCGUUCUACGGUGGUCCGAAUGUGAUUAUACACGGGAUGCAUGAGGACAGAAAAGAUGCAAUAGACAAAAUGGUGGAUGAUUUAGAAGGACAGAUAGCUAAGCGUGCGAAAUACUCAAGAAGAAGGAUACACAACGAUGAUGCAGAUAUUGACUAUAUCAAUGAAAGAAAUGCCAAGUUUAACAAGAAGUUGGAGAGGUUUUAUGGUGAACAUACCGCUGAAAUUAAACAAAAUCUUGAAAGAGGUACUGCUAUAUAGACUUUUUGUAAGCUUUCAAGGGUUACAUAGUAGUGUUAAUAAAAAUAAUAAUGUGUAUCGUAAUUAACUAUUGAAAUUGUAAUUUAUUUUUACUUUUAUAAGAGACAAUAGUUAGUUAAUUAACAAUAAAAAUUUGGUAUCUUUUUAAAUACUAUGGAUUUUCAUCAGCUAUUGUAGUACCUGUAAUACAAACUAUGCUUACUUUAGGGCUAGAUAGUGAAGUGUGUAUUAUGUAAAGUUGUGAUUUUCGGGCCUAAACACAGGCCUAUGUGGAGCAGUGGUAUGCAGUGGACGUACAAGACGGGAGGUCCUGGGUUCAAUCCCCGGCUGUGCCAAUUGAGGUUGCCUUAAUUGGUCAGGUCUGGUGAGAAGCUUCAGCCGUGGCUAGUUUUUAUAACUAGCCCUACCAGCAAAGAUAUACCACUUAGUGAUUUAGCAUUCUGGUAUGAUGUCAUGUAGAAACUUCAUACCUGCACAGUCCUUUCACCCCGUUGCCCACAUAUCAUGAGUGUCAUCAACAAACUUGCCAAGCUAUAAUCAUCAUUAUCAACCUAUUUUAAGCCUUCUCCCCUUAAGGAGAGGUAUAUGGAGCAGAGUAGUGGGUUCUGUUAAUAAUUGUCUCUAAUUGUGAACUUAGUUCAACAUUUAAAUACAUUUUGCUUAAUUGGCACAUUGUAUAUGUAUGAUGUAUUUUUGAUGAAUUACAAAAUGUAAAAAGAAACAAAUCACAAUAUAUUUCAAUAACAAGUUUAUUUUGAUACAGAUGAUAAAAAUAGUAAGUACAUAUUGUUCACAGAUACAAAUCUAAAUAUAUAAACUAUAAAAGCACUUGCUGUUUUAUUAAUAUUGUGCAAGUUUAUCACAAAAAAUUAUAUUUUUUAUAUUAUUAUUUUAUGUAUAUAACAGAACACUGUGGAAAUAAAGAAUCAGUAAUUUAAAUGAAUUUCCAAAAGGUGGGUUGAAAAAAUCACCAGAACAUAAA